AUGGAUCGACCUUCAAUAGAAGGCUCAAAGCUGGAUGCUGAAGAAAAACAACAUACCAGGAGCAAAGAAGAUCUCUGGGUUGUCCUGUCAGAAAAGAUGUCUACCACUGUCGGAAAGAGUGAAUUUGAGCCAGAAUGGGCCGACGAGGUGGAGGAGCGAAGUGACCGCAAACCGACUGCAAGCACGUUUGGAGCAAGGAAGGAUCCACAUUAUUGGGAUAUCUCCACGUUUAGUAAGGAAGACAAUCCAAGUGGACUCGUGUCAGAAUCUUCUUUUUCGUGCUUAUUCCCAAAAUAUCGUGAAAAGUACAUUCGAGAAAGUUGGCCGCUGGUGGAGAAGACCUUUGGUGAACAUUUCUUGAAAGCUGACUUGGAUUUACUAGAAGGAACAAUGACAGUACGUACGACCCGCAAAACAUGGGAUCCAUAUAUUUUGAUUAAAGCUCGCGAUGUUCUCAAACUCAUGUCGCGUAGUGUUCCAUACGAAAAGGCUAUUCGAGUAUUGGAAGACGAGGUGUUCUGCGAAAUAAUUAAAAUAUCUUCAAUGUGUCCCAAUAAGGAGAGAUUCGUAAAACGUCGUGCUCGUCUAGUGGGCAAUAACGGUGCCACUCUAAAGGCCAUUGAAUUACUCACACAAUGUUAUGUUUGUAUCCAGGGAGGAACAGUUUGUGCUAUUGGUCCCCUGGCAGGGUUAAAACAAGUUAGUAGUAUUGUCACAGAUUGCUUGAACAAUAUUCAUCCCAUUUAUAACAUCAAAACACUCAUGAUAAAGCGCGAAUUGAUGAAGAAUGACAAAUUAAAAGACGAGAAUUGGGAGAGAUUUUUACCUAAAUUCAAGAAGAAGGUGCAAUCAACCGCUACAGCAAAUGAAGCUAAAAAGAAGAAGAAAAAGGCUUGGAAGAAAAAAGCCGAGUACACUCCGUUCCCACCAGCUCCAACUCUUAGCAAGAUUGAUAAGCAGUUGGAAAGCGGAGAGUAUUUCAUGACUGAGAAGGAGCGGUUAUUGAAUAAAAAAAGGAAGAAAGCUGAAACCGCUGCACUCAAGUCUGAGGACCGCAAAAAAGAAAAGAUGAAGAAGUUCCAGCCUCCCGCUGAAAAACCGAGAGAAAAGCAAACGAGAAAACGUGAAGCCGAAGAAUUAGAUAUGGAAAAGUUUAAAAAGAAGGUCAAGAAACUUGCAAAAUGA